AUGUCAAAACGAACGCCGUACAUGACACCUGAUGAAACAGACACCUUUCUCGAACUUCUACGGAACUACAAGGGCAUAGUGGAGAACAAGAAGACCGACAGUGUGUCGGCGAAGUCGAAACAGCAAGCGUGGGAGAAGAUGGCUGCGGAGUUCAACAGUAUACCUGGUGUAGUGCAUCGGAAUGUGAAACAAUUGCGAAAAGUGUGGGACAAUUUGAAGGGGAAGUGGAAAAAAGAAACAGCGAAAGGAGUGAGACACAGCAUGCUGACAGGUGGUGGUGGACCUCCCUCCCCAAUGGACCCGGUCCUCGAGCAAGUGGAGUCCAUCGUCCCCCACAUUGCCACAAGGAUACACAACCCUUUCGAUGGUGACCGGAAGUACGGAGUAUUCUACUUCCUAUGCACCUUUCACACUGUGCCUGGGUCGACAGGUGGUGCUCAGUUACAGUCUGAACGUUCCACCUCUGACGACACCAUUCUGGACGAAGCUACAACGGCAGGUGGUGAAGGGACUCAGUUCCUCAGUUCAGGACCAGCUUCACAUGAUGCGUCCUCACACGCUAUAUCGAGCAGUGUACACUUAAGCGAAUUGGAAUCACGACGGGAGACGAUGGCACAGGACAAUAUACGUAGAGACGCUGAGCACACGCUGAGGGUCAAGCUCAUGAACGAAGAACACAAGCUAAAACUAAGGCACAUGCGUAUAAUGCACAAACUGCAAGUCCAGUGUGUGCGUGAAGAAAUUCAGGUGCAUAAGAUGAAGCAAAGACUGUUGGGGGAGCAGCUAACUCAAGAUAUGAACAAGCAAACUCGAGUGAACGUAACAUGA